ACCUCUAGAGACCACUAUUGUAUAUGCCAUUCACUCUGAAAUUCUCUCUUUUAAGUCUACUUUACUUACAACCAGGCCUAUAAUCUCUCAUGGAAUUGGACAGAGAUAUCAACAUCGAGAAUGAUGCUUCUCGUAGUUCUAAAAACUUGCUUAGCUCUUCUUCCGUCGUCUCUACCACCACCACCACGACCGCCACCUCUUCUUCUUCCUCUUCCUCUUCCGCUUCCACAACAUUCUCGUGUGUAGCUGAUAAAAGGUCAAAGAAAGCUGGAGACAUGGAAAAUGAUAACGAGAACAAGAAAAGACAAAGGAGUGGUGGUAAUAAUGAUAGCAAGCUUGCGACAUACCGUGGGGUGCGUAUGCGAAGCUGGGGUAAAUGGGUUUCUGAAAUUCGAGAACCGAGGAAGAAAUCGAGAAUAUGGCUUGGGACAUACCCGACAGCCGAAAUGGCUGCUCGUGCUCAUGAUGUAGCUGCGCUUGCCAUCAAGGGUAGCUCGGCUUACCUUAACUUCCCUGAACUUGAAAAGAAGCUUCCACGCCCUGUCAGUACGUCUCCCAAGGACAUCCAAGCAGCCGCAUCGGAAGCAGCCGCCGCGACAUUUCUCGAGACAAAACACUGCAGCAUCGAGGCCAGAACUGAAGCUGGACUAAGCCAAGAAGAACUUCCUGUUUCGCAUUUAUCCAACAACAUACUCGAGUCAUCAAGUUCACCCUCCAUUAAUGAUGACGAUUCGUUGUUUGAUCUGCCCGAUCUCAUGACCGGUGCCAUGGACAGAAGCGACGGAUUCUGCUCUUAUUCUUCAUCAGCAUGGCAAAUAUGUGAAGUCGAUUCUAGGUUCCGGAUCGAGGAGCCAUUCUCCUGGGAUUACUACUAGAAGGUCACAUCAUCUCAGUAAAUGUAAUCAUUUUCAUGGUCAAUAUCUCUAACUUUGAAAAUCAUUCAUCUCUUCACACAAAUAAUAUUCCAGCUUUCUUUUGAAUAGCCAAAUUUG